GUGAUGUUGGUUACAUUUGAUGUUAUGAAAUGGUUCCAGCUCAGCCAAUCCAUCAUUUUGCUGAAUUCCUCCAGUUCCUUCCCCUUCUACCUUCUAUGCCUACUGUAACUGAAGCUUCACUUAACACCAAGAUAUUAGUAUUCUACUUUGGUGACCAGCUGGAUUGAAUACUCGGUGCUUUGAAGAGGAGUAGAUGGAAUCAGGCCAGAGUUGCAGCACUACUCUUUCAGACUAUUUUGAGGAUACAUUUGAAUCCUUCAGUGAGGAGGAGGAGGAGGAGGAAGCCUGCAGGCAAUAUGAGAGUGAACCGUUUGAAUCUUAUUGUUCCACAGAGGAGUUGGAGUGGCCUGCUGCUGUGUCAGAUAUAUCUGAAAGCGUAUGGCAGUCAGUAAGCCAGGAUGAUGAAGGUGAUCAGUCAUUGUUGACAGACUCUGAAACUAUAGAAAAAAAGUUGACUGGAAAAUGGAUCAGCUGUCUCAAAAAUAAAGAAGAUAACAUUAAGCAAGGCAAAUCUAUCAUCAAAACACACACAGAAAUCACUGAAGUAUCAGAUGAAGAAUUGGAUGCUCUGCAGUCUUUUUGUGCCAUUAAGAUAAGCCAGAUCCAUCGUCAGUUGAACUCUAAGCAAUCAAACAGCAGCAAACAUAAAGAUCUGCAGCAUGGAUUUACUUCAGAGAAGCCAGUGACAGGUGACUUGAACUGUACUAUUCCUGAUCAGCUAGUGAACAGAAUCCAUCUGAAAAAUAUCAGUGAAACAAUGAAACAGGUGAAAGAAACUAAACUACACCAGCCUUCACAAUGCCAUGAUUGUAAGAAAAAAUGGACAGAACUGGCCAAGAUUACCUUUCUCAGACAAAAGAAGACUUUAGUGGAGAAUGCUUUAUUCCAAGAUAAAUUAGAAGAACAGAUUUAUGUCAAAGACUCGCUCACACUCAUAGGAGAAAUACACAAAAACCUCCCCAAGCUUUCAGAGGAUCCAAGGAUUAUAUGGCAAAGACUGAAUGAGAAAGGGAUUGCUUGGAAACUUAGCCAUGGAGGGAAUGUGCCUGGGCUUUUCUGCAGGGAAUUACCUACUCUGAUGGGUCUGUAGGAGAAGGAAGCUCUGAUUCCUGGGCUUUUUGAUCUUUCCCUGACCUUGGCUCUCCUGACCUGUUAUAUGCUCUCCUCACCAUGGGAUGCAACCCAUUCAUUUCCCCUGGAUCACAAAGAAAUACACUUUUGUAAAACUCUCUAUUGAGGAUAUCAUUGUUCAAAAGCUACUGACUGUGUAUGUAUGAUUUUGUCUUGGCUAACACAUUGUCAUUAUGUUCCGUAACAUCUGGUGGCGUCAGCCUUGUCAUGCUGACACAAAUCAGCUUGUGUUGAGAACCCAGAUUUUUUCAAGGGCAAUAGCAAAUAGUUGGGUUGCACUUGUCUUUAAAGAGAGCCACAUUUUUCAUGAACAGCUUGUGAUGUCAUUACAUAAAUCAGCCUUUGUGUUAGUGGAUUCUUAGCAUGGUAAGAACUUUCAAUUUACAGCCACAGAGUGUACUUUAGACCUUUCAGCCAUGUUUUGAAUGCCUGUGCGGCAUGCACUUAGCAAAAGAAGUACAACACUCUGGGCCCACUUCUGCCACACUUGCAUGUAGAGUACGUCAUCACUAGAUUUUUGUACCUGGAGUUAAUUGACUGCCAGUUAACUCAAAGUAGUUAACAUGUUUGUAAAAGCUAGUAUGGACAAUCCCCACGUGUUUGGUCUACAACACUAAAAACUUUUGUUCUUUACCCAGUGAUGAUCCCUAGCAUAAAAAAAACAAAUGUUUGUAGCCUGGAUGAAAUGUGUGGAGUGUGUCCAUACUAGCCGUUACAAACGUGCAACUACCUUGAGUUAAUUUGCAAUCAGCUAGUGAAGACUUCCCUCAGUAGCACCAUACUUCUCAAGUAGUUUCACUGAAUUCCAGAAAGCUACCCGAGGAGUAAGACUUUUCUGAGAAUUAGGCUCUCUGAAGUGUAUUCAGCCUUCUGUUUCCACCAGCAAUUUAUAUGUCCUCUAACUGACCACAAAAAUGUGUUAGAGUGGAGUAUUUCAUAUCUUGUCUACAACUGUAUUGUGAAAUAAAACAGAGAUAAAAGACUGUAGAUGCAAGAGUCUGCUAGAAUUGCAGGGAAAUUAACAUUUUCUAUCCACUUCACAAGGUGUUGUGAGACUCAGUUCAUUAAAGUUUGUAACCUGUUUUGAUGCCCUUAGAAAAACUUGCAGCAUAUACAUGCAAAUUAAUAUUCUAGCACUCAGAAUGCAUAUACAUAUAUACAUCUAAUCAAAGCAAAAUGCAUUAUUGUGCUAAUAAAAUGUCUGUGUUAUGUAUGUAUGUGUUUGCACCUCUAUAUAUGUGAUGAUAGAGAUACAUGCCCUACACUCAAUCAGAAAAUAAUAGUGUAACACAUUUAUAGCUACUAUAAACCAUUUUUAUUUCAUUUUAUUUAAUAUAGAAUCCCGAACUCAAGGUCGGAUUUAACCAUCUCACCCAGUAAAAUCCAAACCUCUUU